AUGGUCGGGUCUCCAGCGUCCCCAACUCCCUCUUCGCCUUCGCAGUCUCGACCGAUGAGCGCCAUUCUACGACCCGCGCGAAGCUCUAGUCGCAUGAGCAUCAGCAGCAGGCCUGGCGGAAGUAGGGCUUCUGAUGAGGAUGGCAGGACAUCCGUCAAAGUUGCUGUGCGCGUGCGACCACCACUCCGAUCAUCCGAUCCCGGCUUCGAAUUGAUCCCUCAGCGGUUCCAGAAGGGAAUGGUACAUGUUACGAGCCCCACGAGUUUGGCUGUAGACAGUCCGCAGGGCAGAAAAAUAUUUGUUUUCGACAGGGUUUUUGGGCAGGAUGUGAACCAAGACGGUGUUUGGGAAUACUUGGAAGAAAGUGUACACGCGUUUAUUCAAGGGUAUAAUGUUUCUGUCCUGGCCUAUGGCCAGUCAGGUGCGGGAAAAUCAUACACUAUGGGAACUUCUGGCCCUGAUGAGCAGAGUGACCAUAAAGUUAUGGGGGUAAUUCCAAGAGCUGCUGAGGCUCUUUUCGAAAAGCUUGGGACUAGCGCACCAAACCCGCGGGACUCGAGAUCUGGAUUGAGAGCGCCGGCAAGAUACUCAUCGCCGGUUUCCGCAAUGCACAAACCGACCAUCGAAAAAGGAUGGACUAUGAAAGCUAGUUAUGUAGAGAUAUAUAACGAACAACUACGGGAUUUAUUGCUUCCAGAGGGAACUAGGCCGGAGGAAAGGGUUCCUAUCACAAUUCGCGAGGACACCAAAGGCAGAAUACUUCUCACGGGUCUUCACCAAGUCACAAUUAAUACCGUAGAAGAUUUGCUUGGCGCAUUGAACUUCGGUUCCUCUAUCCGUCAAACCGACGCUACAGCUAUCAACGCGAAAUCUUCACGCUCACAUGCCGUAUUUAGCUUGAACCUAGUUCAGCUCAAGAUGGCUAUGUUACUGUGGACAGGUGAGAGGGCUAAGGAAGGGAUUUCGAUCAAUGCUGGUCUGGCUAGUUUGGGAAAAGUCAUAUCCCAACUGUCCUCACGUCAAGCUGGGUCUCAUGUCUCAUAUCGGGAUUCUAAACUUACUCGUCUCUUGCAAGACUCACUGGGUGGUAAUGCGAUCACCUACAUGAUUGCAUGUGUUACACCCGCCGAGUUCCAUUUAAGUGAAACCCUUAACACAGUUCAGUAUGCUCAACGUGCUCGCGCAAUUCAAAGUAAGCCUAGAAUUCAACAAAUUUCGGAUGAUGGGGACAUGAAAGCACUUGUCGAACGUCUUCGAGCCGAAAUUGCAUUUUUGCGGGAACAAGUCAAGAGCUCUUCUGAAUCAAAUGAUAGAACGCCAUCAAAAGCUGGCCAAGCCCGAUCGGAAAGGUCAAAUGGAAAGGAAAUGGAGCUUCAAAAUCAACUUCUUGAUCUGCAGGAAAAUUAUGGCCUCUUAAGUCAACGACACGCAAGACUCAUCUCGGAGAUCACUAGGGCUCGUGACUGCCAGGAUGCUGCCAAUAACGCAGAAUACACAGAUAGUGCGGAGGAGAGACUAGCAAGAUCAAAUUCAUUCGCUGAGGCUGUUGAGCAAGUUGUUCUUGAAUAUGAGAAAACAAUUCAGAGUCUUGAAAGCUCGCUUACCAGUACCCGAUCUUCAAUGGCCACUUCCGAAAGUUUGCUGCUCGAGAGGGAAACUAAGCUUGCAUAUAUCGAGACUGUCAACCAGCAAUUGCAAGCCCGUAUUCAGAAGCUGAUGGAUCGAGAAUCAGCUACAGAAAACUACCUCCGCGACUUAGAGGGCAAGUUGGAUGGGCAUACAUCCGGCGAGGAGAAGAAUGCUUCUAUCAUUGCUGAUUUACGCAAGGAGAUUGCCAGGGCCAGAGAAAACGAGGUUGGCUGCGAAGAUUAUAUCUCAACGCUAGAAGAACGACUGGCCGAGGCAGAUCAGGAUUUAGAGUUGAUGCGGAGGGAAAUCGAUCGCCUUGAGCAUGUGAUUGAACGUCAGCGCAGUCUUGGAAAACUUGAUCACCUUUUACAUGAGCUGGAUUCUCUUAACGCACAAGGAAAGAAGGAUAAUGUGAAAGGGGAGAUCAACGGGGGUGGCGGAAAUGUGGUGGAGCAGGUGAUAGAGAUCAAUGGAAAGCGUUUUAGCGACCCUACAUCCAAGGUCGAAUCGGUGCCAGAGGUUGAUGAGACAUUCUUGGAUACCCCUGAAGGCUCCUCAGAAAAUGGAAGACGAUCACCUCUAUCUGACGUAUCUGAAGCUAAGUCUGAGCGAUCUUACCACCACGGGAUCCCCCAAAUUACUCUUGGGGAACACACUCACAUUGAAUACCCGCCCCAAAGCCCAGCCCAGUCUCAGUUUGUUGCGGAUAAACUAGAAUCAGUGCAACAAGAGCUCUUUGACCUGAAAGUCGAACAUGAAGCGACAAUUAAUGAGUAUGACCAGAUGUCUGCAAAUUACGAGGCUGCUCUGCGUGAUCUCGCAUCAAUUCAGGACCAACUUGACGAAAUCCGCCACUCCAAGUCUGGCCCUUCUCGGGAGACAUCACCACCUCCAUCUCCCAACCAGAGACCUACUUCUUUUUUAGUGGACGCGAGGGUGAACGAUUUGAAAGUGGAUGGAGAGGGACAUUCCUCAUCCUCGCGCUCUCUAUCAUCGGAGUUGUCCUUGGCUGGGGAUUCGCAAAUCUUGUCGGAGACUACAUAUGAUGAAUGUCCACGAUCCCGGGUCAGAGAUGAUCCGGAAGUACAUAGUAGGGAGAGCCGAGCGAGGGAGGAAGCUUUGCUCCGGGAGUUAGAGAGUGUCAGGCAGGAGAUGCAGGAGACUUUGUUAGCUCAGGAGGAGGAACAUAAUCGCCUUCAUAUACAGCUUCGACAGUCUUUGGAUCAAGUGGCUGAGUUGAGACAAAAAGAAAGACAGAGUGGUGUUAUCUCACCUUCGACCAGUCCGUUCAUCCGCCGGAAGUCGAGCCAGACUCUUGCUGUUCUUGACCGCGCCAACCGAUCUUUUACCAAUCUUCGCAAGAUCGCAACUGAACACUUUGAGGAUCAACCACAAGUCUUAGAGAAUUUUGAGUUCAAUCUAGAUGCGGCACUACGCGAGCUUCAAAAUCGCUCAGAUCGUAUUUGUGAUUUGGAGGAUGAUAUCAAAGGCUUAAAGAAAGAGAUGGAGGCUAAAUCUGCGAUUAUCACUGGCCUUGCCCGCGAGAGAUCAAGUAUCCAAUCUUCACCUAUGGAUAUAUCUGUUGUGGCCGUUAUGGAACGCCGGAUCGAAGAGGGCGAGGCAGAGUUAGCAAAAACUCUUGAGAUUCUUACAACGCGUGAGGAAGAGCUUUCGCGAGCCAAGACAGCAUUGGAAACACGAGCAGGCGAAUCCACAGGAGAUGCUGCAUAUUUCCUGCAGGAGUUGACUAAGGAGCGCACUUUGACCGCUGAGCAGGCACAGAAGAUUGCAGAGCUCCAGAAUGAAAUGGAUAGUCUUCGGGCGAGCAAUGAUGCCCAGGUUGACUCCCUCAAGGAAUCCAGGAACGCUCUUUCGUCUACUAUAACCAUGCUCGAAGGGGAGCUAGCAAGAUCUAUAAAGAAGAUUGAUCAAGAAAAAUCUUUGAAGGAAGCCGUCGAGGAAGAAAAGACUUAUCACCAAGAAAGAGUUGAAUCCCUUCAAAAGACUGUUGCUGAGAACAGAGCUACCAUAGAUCUUCAAUUGGCUCGCGUUGCUGAGUUGGAGCGAGCCCACGCAAAUACCAAGCUGCAGAUUGAUUCCCACGACGGUUCGAGCAGUCCCGGACUCAGGGAACAGCAAGAAUUGGCUGCAACACUGCAAUCAACCAUUGCUCAUAACAGGGAAACCAUCGAGCUUCAGCAAGCCCGUCUUAAUACUCUUGAGGCUUCGUAUCGUGAUGCUCUGGAUCAACUAGAGACUCUGCGCGUGAAAGAAGCUCGGGUUACUGCAGCUCUUAAGGUGGCUGAAGCCCGCGUAUCUAACUCUGGAGAAUUUACUGGCGACAACAAUGCCAGACACGAUGAGCUUCUAGAGUCUGUUCGGAAAGAACUAGAAGAAAGUAAGGGAACGAUUAAAGAACACGUUGCAAAUCUUACGAUACUACAGGCAUCAUAUGCUGAGGCCAACACCCGUAUUGAAACGCUCGAGAAGGAUUUGUCAAUUGCUACACAAGAAUCAGCUGAGCGUAAUGCAGCUAUCCAAGCACUUGAAGCGGAGGUCGCACAGAGCCAGGAGACUAUUAAACGACACCUUGAGACCAUCGCAGAGCUUCAGGAACUACGAAGUUUGUCAGAGAAGCAGAUCGAGCAACUCACUGAGAAAGAGGCCAAGCACGCCAAAUUUGUAGAGGAUCUCGAACAGCAACUCACAGUUACCUUCGACAACAACGCGGAGACGGCCAAGAAUCUGGCUGAAAUGACUGCGGAGUAUGAGAAGUUGCAACAAGAGAGAAAAACACUUAUCGAAGAGUCUACAGCUAAGAACACCGAGUCUCAGACUCUUAUUGAGAGCCUCAGCAACGAGGUUUCGAGUCUUCAGACAAAACUCGCGGAAGUUCAAAUGGAGCUCCAAGGCCUUGGAGUUACCCGCGCUCAGCGUUCUAAUUCAACUUCCUCGAAUAGCAACCUCAGAAAGAGUACAUCUACGACUUCACUCCCGUCACCACCCCCUGCUAUUCCUUUACCCCCUCUUCCCAGCAACGCAGCUCCUCCUCCCUCUGGUGCGCAAAGCCCAACUACGGCAUCUAGACGCCCCAGUAAGGAUUACGCCAUAUCCCAUAUGGAAGACCAGGAGGCUCGUAUCAAGACGCUGGAGAAACAAUUACAGGCCGAGAAGGCCUUAACCUCUACUCUAGAAGAGGCACUGACAGAUUGCGAAAAGACAAUGAAACGUCUGACAACCGACCGCGACAGUCUCCAGGUAAAGGCAUCGCAAGUUCAGCAAGAGUUAGAGCGUACAAAGAACGAGUCUCAGACGAGCAGGUACUCCAUGCAAGCUGUCGAGGAAGAACGCCUUGCCAGACAGAAGGCAGAACAGGCUCGAGAACAGCUCGAACAGAGAAUGCAGGCCUUAUCGAAGAAGAAGCGUUCGUUCGCCUGUUUUUAA